ACAGUUAAUGGCGUUGCACUGACGAUAUUGGGCUCUUUAAAAAUACGUAAUAAAGCGACAAAUGAAGAUACCAUGAUAGACGAAGCAUUAGAUCUCUCAAAAUUAACAUUAUGUUAUUUAAUUAGCGAAAUUACAAAGUUGAACGAAGAAACUUCCUUAAUAGAAGAAAAAGAAUGGUUAUUCGAUAAAACUUUGAGUCAUCAUAGGGCCCAAUUAGAACGAGUAUUAUCUGUUAUACAAGAUGUACAAUCUCAAAUACAAACCGAACAAGAACAAAAUUGGCAUAUUCUUGGAGCAGAUGAAGAGCCUGAUGCAACACCUGAAUCAAUUUGA